AUCACACCAAUACUACCAUGAAAAUUCUAGCAGCCAGCAUUUAUUAUCUCCAUUAUAAACUACUAAUAUAGUAUUACCAUUAAGAGUUUAUUCCUAUGCUUUUCAAUUCUAAUAUCCACUUACUCGAAUCUAUACUAUGUUAAUAAACUGUGUUGACUACUAAUAAUGCUCAAUUUGAGGGUACAGACAAAACGAACAAGGCUUUUGAUACAACUAGUAACAGUAUGCAGAAAUUUAGAUCAGCCUGCUUUAGUAAUACUAAUCAAUACUAAUGUAUUACAAAAGUACUCUUCUAAGUUGUAGACAUUUCUAGUUAGGCUGGUAGUUAAAGUGUUGAUAUAGCAACAUAUAAUUAAUAAUAUGUGACUACUGUAAUUUGUGAUUGCUUAAAGUAGGUUAAAUGGGUUAAAUUGACGCGUUUGAGAAUUAAGUAGAGUGGAUGGCACCAAAGGAGGGGUGGAAAGAGCCACAUUGAACGAGACGUAUACCCUGGUAUAACCUCUCAUCAAUCAGUCUAUAAAGAGGUUUAUGUUCCAACUCGAAGUUUUUCAAUAAAGAAUACACUUUAUUCGUCGUGGAAUACAGAUCUCAUUAGAAACAGAAGCUUUUUCUUCAGGAUGGAAAGUGAUUAAGCACCAUGGAGAGAAAAAUUGCUAUGAAAACAAGACACUGGGUGCUAAAGCCAUGGAAUCUGUUUCUCCUUAUCCUGACUCAAUUUGUGUUGCAAUUUAUAACGUCCAUUUAUCUGUAUACUUAUGUAGCCCAUGUAGAGAUGGAUGUUCAUAUUAUGAAGGAUCGCAAUGUUCUGGAGAUUGAGAAAUUGAUACGUCGGAAGAGGAACAGCGCGUUGCCCGUAACAGAGGAUAAUAAGGUUUCCGAUGCUUCCAGAAUUUGGGAAGAAAAAGACAUGUUGAAAGAGUCGAAGAAGGUGACUUCACCUCCUGUAGCUGUGUCAGGGUUGUCAUCUUCUCCAAUCACUCCUGUGGAACAUGAUUGGGUAUGGUUAAACGCAGACACUCGGGUGCAGGUGGAUGCCAUUGAAAAUUUCUGUCAAUCUUCCAUGAAAUAUUGUCCACCAGGCUUACCAGGAGCCCCAGGUCUUCCAGGAAUGCAAGGAAGUACUGGUCCAAGAGGACCACCUGGCUUAACCGGUCCCCCUGGACCAAAAGGUGAAAUAGGAUCUCCUGGUUUUGAUGGAAGAGAUGGAGUACCAGGUGAACCUGGACUUGAUGGAAUUCCUGGACGUAGCGGCUUAGAUGGAUUCCCGGGAAUAAAUGGUAAACCAGGACUUAACGGAUCUCCUGGUCGCCCAGGACGAAAUGGCACAGAUGGAAGGCCAGGUCACGUAGGACCACAAGGACCACCUGGACUGCGCGGAGAAAUAGGUCCUCCUGGUAGACCAGGCUCGCCAGGACAAGAUGGCAGGCCAGGGAUAUCAGCCUGGAAGGUGAACAUGAAUGACUAUAAUGUAAACGAUUUAUUGAUUCCUCCUUCCAUUUUGGAUGAUAGAAUGUUACCAGCGUCAUUAAAUUCUACUGCGUUAAUUUCUGUGUAUGAAGGAACCAAUAUACGAUUGAGAUGUGUAGCGAGUGGGAAACCACAGCCUGUUGUUCAAUGGUUUAGAACUGAUGGUAGCAAUAUUCCUGUUGGAUCUUGGCAUGUGACGUCCAUCAUUGGAUAUACAUUUAAUAUCACUGCAGUGAACAGAGAACACAUGGGAGAAUAUACCUGCAUCGCUGACAAUGGGGUUCCUCCAAGAGCAUCUAAAAGAUUCAAGCUUCAAGUUAAAUUUCCACCUUUCAUUCGAAUACGCAAUCCAAUGAUUCUCGUGCGUAACCAGAACACUGCAAUUCUAGAAUGCGAGGUCGAGGCAUUCCCAGAGCCGAUUGUUUACUGGGAACGCGGAGACGGUCGUCGUCUCAAAAUGUCUGAUAAAUAUAGACUAGAAGUUUACGAUAGACGAGAUGUGUAUAAGCUUAAGAUGCGCUUGAAGAUUACAAGAAUAACGUUAACGGAUCAUGGCACCUACCACUGCGUUGUCAAAAACGAUAUUAAUACUACCAAGGGCCCUAUCGUGAUUCAUGAUGAUGUAAAUGGUAUGGAAAGAUUAACAAUUGGAAAACAUCAACAUGUUACGUAUGGAGAGCCUCCACCGAGACAUGUUGAUCUAGAGGAACUUUGCGUGCCGCAUGAUACUUGUGUGGCUUGCCCUGUUUUGAGAUGUACCUUUACAGAUAUUGCUGAAUAUUUAAACGUUCAGCCACUAACAAAUAUCAACUUCACUGGACUUCCUCCGCGAUUAGCAGAUGGUGUAAUCGAAGCGUUGGGUAAGCCUGUAUUAAAGGGUACGAUGGAUGAUCACUAUGGAAGUUGGAUGCACGAUGCAUCUUCGAGAUCAGAUGGUUUCUCUGAUAAACUCUGGGUCACUCGAACGAAUGACACCUCUUCCAUUUUUGAAUACAAAUCGAAAGAUCAUUUUAAAAACUCUAGUUCACGUUCCAUUGCGUUACCCUACUCCUUUCAGGGAAACGGACACAUAGUAUACAACAGAUCUUUCUUUUACAAUCCUAUAAACCGGUCUUCCAUCUUUCGCUUCAAUUUACACUCCAGUUCAGACCAUAUAUGCGACAAGGAGUUUCCACGAUGCGAAUUGCAUCUUCCAGGAUUGCUAGUGAACACAAGGAACUAUCUCUAUACGCCAAACCAUAAUUUUAAUUACGUCGACUUCAAUGUUGAUGAAAAUGGUUUGUGGAUAAUAUAUGGAUUACCAUCGAACAAUACAGUAGUACUGAAAUUAGAUGCGACCAAUAUGAAUAUUCAAUAUGCAUGGAAUAUUAGUAUCGACAAUCAUAAAUUUGGAGAAAUGUUUAUUGCUGGAGGAGUACUUUACGCUGUUCAUAGCGUCACAGAAGAAUCAAUGAAAAUAAGGUUGGCCUUUGAUCUCUAUAAAAAUGUAACGAUACCUGUUCAUUUAUCUUUUACGAAUCCUUAUCAUAAAACUACAGCGGUCAGCUACAACCAUAAGACAAAGGAAUUGUACACUUGGAACAAAGGAAAUCAAUUGGCGUACCCUAUAAAAUAUCAAGGCUUUGCAAACGUUACAGCGAAAGAAGAACUCAGAGAUCUUUCCUCUGGAAUUUAAAACAUUGUCUAUUUUAUACCAUACAUUUUUAUUUCUACGAUUAAACAUACAGAUAUAUCUAAAGUUAAAUAGGGAAAUUUAUUGAAAAAAUUAAUUCAAACAUGGUAACACUCCGUUUGUAUUAAUUUAAAAUAAACUACUAAAUCCUUA